CAAUGACACCGCAUGGGCGUAGCCUGCUCUGCAUUUGGGUUGCAGGGAGAGCCGCGCAUCCAGGCCCGCGGUACUCCGGGAUGAUUUAUGCUCCUUCUGCUGCAGGCUGCAUGCUCUCUGUGGACUAAACAGGCGGAUAUCAGUGGGGGCUGCGCGACUUUCUCAUGCCUGACCCAUGUUAAACUUUCCCAGGCAGCGGUGAGCAGGUCUGAUCGGACAGGUCACCAUGGAGCUGCAGCAUCUGCUGGUCGCGGUUUGUCUCCUCCUUGGCAGAAUAAUGAUGACUCAUCAGACUCACAUGAACCCGGUGUACACGUUUCUGUUCACGCCUCGUGGGCCCCAGAUGUUCCCGUGUUUAACCUACCUGGAGCGAAAUGUGAGGGUGGACUGUGAGUUCCCACCCACCUACCAAGUCCCUGGACCCUACUGUGAAUACCGUCAGGACAGCCGUCUGGUGGGCACCACCUACCCCAACGACGUCAUCUACGUGUCCACAGACGACCGCAGGAGGAGCAAUGUCAGCCUGGUCGCCCCGAAUCUGUGCCGCCUCACCUGGGCCCCGAUGGCGGAUGAGAAGCCUUACACCUACACCUGCAGGGUUUAUCAGGGCAACGGCUGGAAGGAAAACAGCAUGGCUGUCCAUCAUCGGAUUCUUCCAAUCUGCUCUGCCAUCAGUGUCAUGUUCAAAUCAGCACCAUGGCUGUUGUCCCUGGUGAUGUCACUUCCUGUAGCUGUGGGUCUUCUGAGUCCUUGAGUCUCACAGGAAAACAACUCCAUGGACUUUUUUUGGCUCACUGGUUUGAUGGACGCUUCAGUGUGGAAGCAUUUUAUUCACAAUGUUUAAAACCCCGUCAGUGAGAGGCUACAGAGCUCCUGGCCGUUGUUGUGAGAUCAUCUAUUCACUGUCACCACUUUACCUUAAACACCAUGCAGCUAAAGCCAGGCAAAGAAAUCCUGAGAUCAAAUAACACAAAAAAAGAAUACACAAGUGUUCAUUUGAACCACGACAAAGAAUAAAAACAAAUAUCGAUCAGUUUUUAUUCCUUAUGUGUCCUCUACAUCAACAUACUCUAUCACCUGCUAUAUGAAUGCUAAUUCUGUAUUAACCAAAAAGCUUGUUUUGAUUUUUUUUUUAUAAUUUAAAGAAAAUCUGAGUGUCCUGAUUUUUUUUUAUGACAAAUGACUCAAAAAGAACAUUAAAGUAGACGUCUCUGGGCCCUUUUCUGCCUAUAGAUAGAUACGUAUUUAUUAUAUGCGUGAGAGAGUCUGCCUUCCAUUGGAAUCAUUGUGAUAUCACAUCAUUAUAGAGCAAAAACCUACUUUAUGAUGAAGAAAAUCUCACGUUGCUCCAUUCUAAACCAGGUGAUGUGUUCAUGUUUUGGCUUUUAAACCAAGAAACCUGCUCAAACACUGCCUUUCUGUUAGAGCUCUGACACCUUCAGAACACCGCCUAGAUGAUCAGAUCAAUGUUAGAUUCAGCUCGGACAAGCAGUCUUCUCUCCUCCUAACAGCAACAACACAGAGACAUGACUCAUCUAACUUUCUCUUGGACACUUUGGUCUGGCAGAUUAAAGAAACGUGAAGAGGCGUGACUGAUUUGGCAGCUUCUGCAGUCCUGUUGGGAUGGAAUAAUUCUGCAGAUGUCCAUGAGCCAGAUCAGACGAGCUGUGGUGAGAACCAGAGCUGACUAAAGCAUAACAACGAGUUUUAAAUAUCCUGCAGUGUUCAGAUGAUAAGUACGUGUGUUAUAGUGCACAGAUUGCGUAUUAAUCAUCGACAUAAUAUACUAUAUUAUGUAUAGUAUAUAUACAUUAAAUAUUAUUAUAUAAUGUAUCAAUGCACUUUGGUUUAUUUUGUGUUCAUGCUGCCUGAUAAGAUCAGAUCUUUCAUGUAUUUCGUGUAUUUUUUCCACUUGUCACAUUUUCUUGGUUGAACCUGCAGUACUUGUUAAUUAUUUAAAUGCAUUGCAUAUGUCCUUUAUUUUGUUAAUUAGUUUUACCAGUACAGGUGCAGCAAAAUGUAUAAUUGAACUGUUAGAAAAUAAAAGUUAGGGAGACAUUUUAAGCUAAAUAAAUAAAUCACUAAUUCCCGUUGAUAAGCAUGUUGCUGUGUCGUUCACGCCAUGAAUCUCUACUUAAAGACAGCAAAGAAAACGAACAGAAAAAUAUCAAUUUUUACUUUUCCACCUUCAUGUUUUUACAUGAUUAUCAAUAUAUCUACUAGAUAAAACACUUUUUAUUAAGUCAUAAUAAUCAAAUCAUCCCAUCUGUUAUGUUUCAUUAUGUUAGGAAUGUUUACUUUUCCAUCCCAGUAGAAAAUCUAGAAUAAAUCCCAACUUAUUCAUAAAAAUAAAAAUGUAAAAAU